AUGAGGGUUCUACUCAGCCGUCUGAUAGCUUUGGCUAUCUUUCUGCCGCUUGGUGUGGGAUUCACCAUUGUAACCAAUUCUGAUGGCAACACAUUGGGCAACGCCAUGAUGCCUGGCUCCGGGAUAACUCUCGUGUCAGGUACAUACACUGGGGCCUCUGUCGCGGCGGGGACAUUCAGCGAUGGGCCCUUUGGUAUCAGCUCCGGUACAAUCUUGACGUCGGGACGAGCAGAUGGAGCAACGGUAGCCGGGUCAGACAACGACAACGGCCAGCCAGGAUACAUGGGGGGCAACACAUUCGACGCGGCGGUCUUGAGUCUCGACAUCACGAUAGCUCCACCGUUUACCGGUUUUGAGUUGGAAUUCGCCUUUGCGUCCAACGACUAUGGCGGCCAGCAACAGUUUGACGAUGAAGCGGCUGACAAUACUAGAACAAUCUUCGACCUUGUCAAUACUUUCAUGGACCCUCCAUAUUCCAUCAACCCCCCCAACAGUCUGACGGCGUACGACAAAUCCAGCCCGCCUGUGCUCAUAGGGUUUGCGACGGGCUCCGGAGCGUUCAAUGUCAAGAUCGCCGUGUAUGACCUGAACGACGGGUUCGAGGACAGCGCCGCUCUCAUCCGGAUGAGAGGCUGUGAGAAUUGUGCUGCGGGCCCAGUAAUCAACUAUGAGACAAAGACGGUCACGGUUGGCCCCGGGCAAGCAGAGUAUUUCUCCACGAUCAAGGCGUCUGGGACUGCUACAGGAUACUACGAAAAAGGAGUGGCAGCAACUACAACUGCAGACACGACUACGACUGAAGAGACAACCACGACUGCAGAGACGACGACAACUGCAGAGACGACUACGACUGAAGAGACAACAACAGCAGAGACAACUACAACUGAAGAGACGACUACAACAGCAGAGACAACUACAGAAUUUACUACAGAGACAACCACAUACUUCACCACAGAGACGACUACAGACUUCACCACAGAGACGACUACAGACUUCACCACAGAGACGACUACAGACUUCACCACAGAGACGACUACAUACGUCACCACGGACACAACAACGGUCCCGGAUACAACUACGACUAUGGACACGACAACGACCAUGGAUACGACUACAGCUAUAGACACAACAACAACUACAUAUACAACUACGGCUGAGGAUUCGACCACCACAGCGGAUUCAACUACCACCACGGAUUUGGAGACUACUACAGAUUCAACUACGACGACCGAUAUCACUACAACUGCCGAUACAACUGUGCCUACCGAUUCAACCGCGGUUAUUGAUUCGACCACAAUCAUCGACUCAACUACGACAACCAACCCAACUGAGGACUUGAGCACAUCGAUCGACUCAACCACGACUUUCCAGUCAAGCGAAAACACCCAAGGCUCAACUACAGAUGAUGGAGAAUCGACAACAACCACUUCAGAUUUGGCCACCACCGACACAACCGAGAAUCUUGGGGAGACGACCUCCACAGCCAUCACUACCUCUGCCCAAAUCCCUUCCAUAGCAUCAACUGAAAGCGACACAACCACAGCUAUACUCUCCACCUUAGAGUCGUCGUCCGCCUUGGAGGCCACUCCUACCUCUCAGUCUAUGACUGAAACGACGCCUGAUUCUACCAGCGACAUUUCGACACUGGAGUCAAACGAGCCUGAACCACAACCUUCUACUGCUAGCGAGCUAUUUACAUCCUCCGUAGACACACCUACAGGGAGUGUUGAGCCUCCUAGUACGAAUACGCCAGUUGGUCAGUCCUCCACCAGCGCCCUUUUACCAGAGACCCUGUCGCCAGACACCUCUUCUAUCUCGUUUCCUCUACCAGAAUCUCUGUCUACAGGCUCGGACUCACAGGCCCCGUUGAGCACAACAUUGUCGACCCAAGACUCUGUGACCGUCGACUUGACAGCAUCUUCGUCACCCCUUGCCACGAGCAUCUCGGCUGAUUCUUCUAUUCUUUCAUCUCCAGACUCAACCUCGACACUCUCUGGCUCCACCCCCAAUGCUUCAAACGCGCCAACUAUAGAACGAUAUGUAUACUUUGGGUGUCUAUCGUCUGUGCAAGGCUAUCCGAGCUUCAACAUCGUCGGUAGUGCAACUGACAUGACACCUCAAAAGUGUAUAUCGUUGGCCGCUGGACGGCGCUUUGUGGGCGUCCAUCUUACAUCUUGCUACGCGUCAGAUUCCUUGGUUUCUUCUACAUUGACUCAGGAUGCCAGUUGUGAUCUUCCAUGCCCAGGGGAUCCAACACUCUUCUGUGGCGGGUUUUUGAAUGCGGAUGGGGGUAUGAGCAAGAGACACCGACUUGAACGACGCAUCAGUCCCCGAGAUGCACCGCCGGGCAUCUUGCUCACCUUGUAUUUGUUUGCCGACGCCAUUAUAGAGUCCUCGAGCGAAAUCGCCGCGGUGAGCACAUCGUCGACUAGCCCUGCUCAAACUGUAGCCUCGCAGUCGAACUCUGUGGACUUCUCGAUCAGUCCAACACUGAGCGAGCCUGUCCGAACUUCCGCAGCUGGUCCCGGGGAUGUCUCGCUCAGUUCGACGCUAAACAACCCUGACCAGACAUCCGUUUCAGCUGUUAAUUCUGAGGAUAUCUCACUCGAACCGACGCUGAUAGGCCCUGACCAAACCUCGGCCUCGAUAGGAGAUGCGUCACUUACUGACUCUCCUCCUUCUGUCCCAACCACAUUCGUGCCCGGUGUGAACCCACCUCCUCUACCCUCAAGCCCAUUCAACCCGGGCAACCUGUCGAGGAGCGCAACAUUUGAGGCUAUUGUCACAACGGUCGUCUAUACCGUGCUCGACCCUCACGACCCAGCCUAUCUAACCGUGGCCGAGUUUUGCACCACGCUCAAGUAUCCUCCCUGCCGCAACUGCCAGUUCCAAAGGCUACCGACGGUGGAGAUGACGACUAUCCUAACCGCCUGUGACGCGUGCGGCUAUCACGGAGAGAACAGCAUCGAGCUGACCAUUCCGCUGGGUGCUAAUCCGGCGUUGAUGACGAGCAACCCCUAUACUCCGGAUGAUGUCCCAGGUGGUUCCCCCGCAGCUGCUCACGAUGAGAAUUCAGGCCCGGAAUACAGGCCAAGGCCGGGGGGAGCUGAAGCUAGGCCAACAGUUGUUCCAGUUGGACACCCCCCUUAUGGUGGACAUGACCGGCCUGUUAUUCACCAUGAGGGAACAACUGGAGAGCACAACAAGGAGAAUAAGCCCCCUGGGGAUAAUCAUGCUCCAAUUGGAGAACCUGGCCCUUCUCAACAUGAGCAAGUUCCAAGCAACCAUCAUGGCGAGCCUGCCGGACCAGAAUAUGAGCCGCAAAUAGGGCCUGGCAAAGAUGGAGCCACCGUCAAGCCAACAUUGGCCCCUUCAGUCGAGGCUGUACCAAAACCCGAGCCAGCCGGAGCAUCAGCUGAUCUAAAGCUGUUUACGGUUCCUAUGGCAAACAUACCAACGACGCCUCCGGAUUCUCCCGUCAUCGUGGCAGCAGGUCAUGUAGCAAGGGGUAUAGAUGGCGUAUUGACACUCUUUGCUCUCGUAGCUGGAUUUUUCCUAAUGUUGUAA